AUGCAGAGCACCGCCAACUACCUGUGGCUCAUCUCCGACCUCCUGGGUCAGGGCGCCACGGCCAACGUGUACCGCGGCCGGCACAAGAAAACGGGCGACCUGUACGCCGUCAAGGUGUUCAACAACCUCAGCUUCCUGCGGCCGCUGGACGUGCAGAUGAGAGAGUUCGAAGUCCUCAAGAAGCUCAACCACAAAAACAUCGUCAAGCUCUUCGCCGUGGAGGAGGAGUCCAACGCGCGCCACAAGGUUCUGGUGAUGGAGUACUGCUCCUGCGGAAGCCUUUACACCGUUUUGGAGGAGUCGUCCAACGCCUACGGGCUCCCCGAGGACGAGUUCCUCAUCGUCCUCCACGACGUGGUGGCGGGGAUGAAUCACCUGAGGGAGUACGGCAUCGUGCACCGCGACAUCAAACCGGGAAACAUCAUGCGCGUCAUCGGCGACGACGGACGCUCCGUCUACAAGUUGACGGACUUCGGAGCCGCCCGGCAACUGGAGGACGACGAGCAGUUCGUCUCGCUCUACGGGACCGAGGAGUACCUGCAUCCCGACAUGUACGAGCGCGCCGUGCUGCGGAAGGAGCACCAGAAGAAGUACGGCGCCACCGUCGACCUGUGGAGCAUCGGCGUCACCUUCUACCACGCCGCCACCGGCAGCCUCCCGUUCAGACCCUUCGAGGGCCCGCGCAGGAACCAAGAAGUCAUGUACAAGAUCAUUACGGAGAAGCCGUCCGGCACCAUCUCGGGCCACCAGAAGUGCGAGAACGGCAAGAUCGAGUGGAGCACCGAGAUGCCCGUCUCCUGCAGUCUGUCCAAGGGUCUUCAGAGUCUGCUGACUCCGGUGCUGGCCAACAUCCUGGAAGCGGACCAAGAAAAGUGCUGGGGCUUUGAUCAGUUUUUCGCCGAGACCAACGACAUCCUGCACCGGGCGGUGGUCUAUGUCUUUAGCCUGCAGCAGGCCACCUUGCACCACGUCUACAUCCACGAGUACAACACGGCGGCGCUUUUCCAGGAGCUGCUGGCCCGCCGGACCAGCAUCCCCCUGCACAACCAGGAGCUCGUCUACGAGGGGCGGCGCCUGGCGUUGGAUCCCGGCAGGCAGGCCAAGAACUUCCCCAAGACCACCAGGGACAAUCCCAUCAUGCUGGUCAGCAGAGACUCGGUGGCCACCGUGGGACUCAUCUUCGAGGACCCGAGCCCCCCCAAAGUGCAGCCCCGCUACGAUCUGGACCUGGACGCCAGCUACGCCAAGACCUUCGCCGGCGACAUCGGGCACUUGUGGAAAACGUCCCAGUCGCUGCUCGUUUACCAAGAGCUGGUCCGCAAAGGAGUCCGGGGUCUCGUGGAGCUGAUGAGGGAGGACUACAACGAGAUGGUCCGCAAGCAGUCGGAGGUUUUCCACCUGUGCAAGCUGGCCACGCAGACGUUGGAAAAGAACAAGCAACUGUUGGAGGUCCUGACGCAAGCCAACGCGCUGACGUCCGAGUACGACGAGAUCGCCGACAUGCACAAGAAAGCGGUUCGGAUCGGCGCCUCGCUGGAGCCCGUCGAUCGAAGCGUGCAGGAGCUCAAGUCCAAGCUGGCGCCGGGCGGUCCGCUGAGCGACGCCUGGACCCAACAAGUGGGCACGCACCCCCAAGACAGGAAUGUGGAAAAGAUCAAAGUUCUGCUGGACGCCAUCACGGCCAUCUACCAACAGUUCAAGAAAGACAAAGCCGAGAGACGUCUCCCGUACAACGAGGAGCAGAUCCACAAGUUUGACAAACAGAAGCUGGUCCUCCACGCCGGCAAAGCUCGCUCCUUGUUCACGGAGGAGUGCGCCAUGAAGUACCGCCUCUUCAUCUCCAAAAGCGAGGAGGCCAUGAGGAAGAUUCACCACGUGAGGAAGCAGCUGCUGACCUCCGGCGCUCAGCUCAACGGCAUCGAGAAGGAAGUCCGCGUCCUGCUGGAGAGAGCCGCCAAGCUACAGGAACAGGUUCCCGGCAAAGUUCUUCCGGUUCUGCUGAGCGGUCUGAAGCCUCAAGCGUACUUGAGCCAGAACACGCUGGUGGAGAUGACGCUCGGCAUGAAGAAGCUGAAGGAGGAGAUGGAGGGCAUGGCAAAGGAACUGGCCGAGAACAACCACUUCCUGGAAAGGUUCGGGACGCUGACGCUGGACGGCGGUUUGCGCGGUUAA